CAUAUUGAGCGAAUGUUGAUUGAAUGCAGUUUAGGUGUUUACGCGGUUUGAAAUAAAACCCGUGAAAAAACGUAUCAAUUGUCGUAUAACUCGACUGAAAUAUUAAUAAGCGAUUAGUUCAGUGUGACAAUUAUAUUACACGGUAAUAAAAUGAGCGGUAGCGACGGCGAGGAUGGUCAAUGCAACAGGACGAGAGAAAGCAACGUAGUAGCGAUGGAUGACGUUCUUGUUAAGAAACACACUGACGAUAUUCUUCAUGAUGGAUGCAUUAGCUCUGAGGACGAUUUCACGCGACAGGAAAGUGACUGGGCUGUUAAUUACAUGGAAGAUGCUGUCAGAUCUCCUGUCGUCGCGGACUCGGUUCCUGUCGCGAGCGUGGCACUUGACGAAAGCGUGGUCGAUGAAUUUGUCAAGGGCGCGAGAGGUCCCGACAACAUGGAACUGAACACGAUGCAAAUGAGGCCGAAGACGAUUAUUGAAAAUUCGAAUACUACUGUGAGCCUUGAAAACCCCUUCAGGGGUAAGGAAAUGUGUUCGUGUAAUGUAUGCAAAGCAAAAAGAGAAUUGCUUGGAGAAGAAUUGCAAAAGGCUAUAAAGUUUCAAAAUCUAUGGACAGAAUUGCGUCAACAUAUUCGAGGUUCCUUUAAUAUUGCCUUAGAAGCUUCUCGUAUUCCGGGAGGUUUACAAUUUCAUCAAACUCCAUUUUCAGCUGAUGAUACGCACAAGAUUGUUUUGCAAUUGUGUAAAAGGAAUCCUCAUCAAUUAUUUAUGAGAUUAGUAAGCUUGGCGCAAGAAUUUGUUAUAGAAGUAAAAGUUCAUUUAUUAGCUCUUUUACAUGACCUUAAUGUAAAUAAUUUAGCAGAAGUUUUUCUUACAGGUCUUUUAGAUGAUUAUGAUGCAUUGAUAACAACAGCUGUAAAGAUUUCUAAGUUUGUAAAACUUUUAAAAGAUCAUUUGGGUAAAUUCUAUUAUAAAUUUCCUUUACCAUGGACUGCUUUUAUUAAAAAAUUAUAUCAGAUUUAUAUAUAUGAUGAUCCCUUUAUACAAGAUAAUUUACCACCUUUUAUUGGUCAGGUUUUACAGUUAAGAAAACUUUUGCCUUUAAAAGGCUCGGAAUAUCAACGUCUUGUUCAUCGAUAUUUAUGGUUUGACAAAGAAAUGACAGUAAUUAGAGAUCUUUGGGCAGAAACUGAAUCAUGGAUGGACAAGUACAAUGCAGAACAAGCAUGUCGAAUGACCCAUCUUAGACAAGUAAGGGAAAUAUUCACAGCAACUAGCAAACUUCUGGAACCGCGUAUGUUAAAUAAAACGCCUGACAUUGGAAAUGAAUUUCAAGAAACAGAUGGACAACUUUUGACGCUUACAUCACAAGCAAAAGUUGAUGUAUCAGAAAUGGAUAAUAGGUCUCUAAGUCCUACUCCAGAUUUAAGUUUGGAUUCACCUGAUAUGCCUCCAAGUAUUGAGAUACUACAAAUUUUAUUAGAUGAUUGGAGUAAAGUUGUAAAAUCCCUACGACAAAAAUUAUCCGAUGUAGCAGGUGCACAACCUGUUACAGAUAUUUACACUAAUGGACAGGAAGAUUUUUUUGAUUAUGCUUGUGCAACUUGCCAUUUAGUACAGUCUGCAAUGAGAUCAGUCAAGGCCCAAAUCGAAGGAACUUGUUUGGAAAAUAACGUAGAAGAAGGAAAAAGUUGCGAGUGUCAUAUGUGUAUAGGACCUACAAUAUCUUCUACUAUUAAUAAAAGUGAUACUGAAAAUAUCAUAUUACCAUUAGAAAAUCCCUUUCCACAACUCACAAAUGGUUUUUUAGAAGAUACAGCUAAUUUUUCGGCAACACAAGUAAAGAAAAAAUUAGAAGAUUUAGAAAUAACAGAAAUAAAAAAUGAUGGAAAUGAAAUAAAUGUAAAUGAAGAUAUUGAUUUAUGGACAUCUGAUACACAACCUUGUUCAUGUGUAUAUCAGCAUGUAAGAGAAAUAACAGAAAGAAAAAUGGUGCUAGAAAAUCCACCUUGUUUGUGUUUAUUAAACUCCAAGCGGAAAAUAUGGGAUACUUGUCCCUGUCUAACAAAAUGCGUACCUGAAACGGUUGUAUCAAAUGGUCAUUCAAAACCAGUAUCGCCGUCUACUAUCAAAACUAAUCAGGAGCCACCUAAACCUGCAAUAAAAUCUGGUACUACACAGUCUGCUCAAACGCAAACGCGACAUUCGACAACUCAGACACCAAAUACCGCUCAUAAUCACACAACACAUCAAGUGAGUUCCGGAGAUGGAGAUUGUUCGGAUUCCGGAAGUAGUCAGGAGGAUUCUUGUUCUACCAGUAGUUCAGCACAAAGAGAUUCUAGUAGACAUUGCGAUUGUUGUUAUUGCGAAGUAUUUGGCCAUGGUGUUCCUUCAGUAGCGCCCGUUAGUAGAAAUUAUAAUGAAAUGAGAGAACGUUUACGACAAUUAUUAACAAAGAAAAAGGCUAGAAAAUGUAAAGUUACGUGUAGUCCUUCGAAAAGUCCUUCAGAAUCAGUGGUAUCUGAUACAAGCACAGAAACAAAAACAGUAACAAAUAUCAUGCCUAGAUUAAAUACUCCAGUUUCGACUGUUUCUGUAAUUCAAACAGAUCAACGAGAUCAAAGAGAUCUGGAGGAACUUUUAGAAUUCAUUGAAGGUAAUCAAAAUGGAAAAAAGGAUAACAAUAAAAAGGCUGAGAAAAAAGCUAGGCAGAAGCAACGGAAGUUAGAAGAAAAGCUUAAAAGAGAUAGGCAAGAGGCAGAAAGACAAAAACUAUUAGAAUUACAGAAAAAGACACCAGAAGUAACAAUCACUGUUGUAGAUCCACAAAAACCUGUUCCUCAAAGAUUAUUACCUCAGUGUAAUCUACCUGAAGUAUCUAUUUUACCUACGUCACCUCCAGUAGCAUUGCCGAUUAUAAAACAAUUAAGUAAUAAAAAGAAAGACAAACAAGAAAUCUGUAGCAAUAGUAGUAAUACUAGUAGCAGUAGUUGUAGCAGCAGCAGUAGUAGUAUUAGUACAAGUAGUAUAAAUAUCAAAACAAAGACUGCACCUGUGAAUAUCAAUAUAAAAAACAAAAGUAUUAAUAAAACUGAUAAAACAAUGGUCUCAGGUCAGAUAAAUAAUAAAAUAGCCAUUAAAAGUGACAAAACUGAAAUUAGCAAUAAAAAUAAAAUACAGAUAAACAGUAUCAAUAGCACAAAUAUGAAAAAUAAUACUAUGGAGAAAUCAUUAACUAUUGAUUUAAAUGAUAAAAAAUUGACAAAGAAAGAGAGAAAAAAGUUGAAAAAAAGAAUGAAGAAAAUGGAAGAGGUAAAAGCAAAAGAAGAAACAAAGAAACCUGUUCAGACAGAAACUCAACCUCAGAUUGUGACAAUUAAAAGAGUUAUGGAAUCUAAUAGUGCAGAACCAACAGUUACGAUCACAUUAAAAGGUCAAACACCAGCUGAAGAUAAAGUUUUGUUUACAUUGGUGAAUGGUCAGACAAAAGAAGUCGCCAAUUUGAAAUUGGAGAACGAACAAAAUCAAAACAUCAGUGGAAAGAAAAAGAAAACUAAAACAAAUAACAAUAAUAACAAUUAUACUAAUAGCAAUAGUAAUAAUUCAUUACAACAGGGCAAUAAGCAAAUGAAUAAUUCGAAACAACAAAUGCAGAAUAAAAUUUGUGACGGUAAGAAUAAUAUGAAACAACAAUCAAAUAAUGAUAAAGGCAAAGGAAAACAAUUAGAUGAUAAGAAAGUUCAACAGAAUAUCACGAAAUCUAAAAAAGACAAAAGAAAUACAGAAAAUAAAGAAAAUGUGUUACAACAAAACGUUGUAAAUAAGAACAAAAAUCAAUCGCAAAAUAUAUCUGGAAAAAAGCAGAAUAAGAUGAAUACUCCACCUCAAACACCAACUUCACAAAAGUCAUCGCAAAACUUGAAUAUCAAUAAUGAAAAUAAUAAGAAAUCGAAAAUUCAGUCGCAAGAUAAAAAUGGACAAUUAACUUCCAAUAAAAAUAAUAAAAAUACAUCUAAUAUCACUAUUAAGCAGACAAAGAAUGAUACUCAAAAAAUUCAAACUAAAAUGACAAAUCAGAUAAGUAUCAAACAACGAUCGGAAGUACAGUCAGUAUCCACUGAAAGAAUUAAUUCACCAUUGAGCAGUCAAUUCAAGGAUAUUGGUGUAAAUUCUAAAAUUAAUAUAGAAAAUUUAAAAUUACCACCUGGUAUUACGAUAACGAAAGUAGAUGCUCCUGCAAAACCUUUACCAAUCAGAUCUGCACCUCUGCCUAAACCAGUAAAUCCACCGAAACAAACCACAAUAAUCGCUGCACCAAUGAGCGGUGUUCAAUCGAGUUAUGCAAGUUCUCAGGCAGGUGGCAAUGUGAUUGUAGUAGAUACAGGAAAAUUGAAACAAGAUCUUUUACCUAAAUCCAUAGAAAAAGACAUGUCUAAAGAAACACAACAAAAUCAGAACAGUACUAAUAAAAAGAAAAAAAAGAAGAAUAAAAAUACUGUAAAUUCCAGCAAUAUAUCAAAUCAAACAAUAGUACAAAAUAAUGAUCUUUUCAUGAAUGAUCAUGCAGAUGAACCUGCUAGAAUACUUCAUAACCCAAAUACUAAUAUGGUGACUAUAAGAAAUCCUGCAUUUGGUCCAAUGAAAGUGCCACCAACUCAACAGGCAGCCAUUAUAAAAGUAUCGGAAAAUGGUAUGGUUACUAUUAGGAGCCCUGCAUUACAACAAGCAAUUAAUGCAGGUCUUACAUCACCUCCAAAACCAGAUUAUAUUGUGAAAGGCGAUCUCCCGUCUAAAAUGGCGACGGAGAAUUCAAAUUUGAAACAUACUAAUGGUAUUAUUCCGUCAAGUUUGGCAGAAUUAAGAAGCAGAUUGACUCCAGAUUGCACAACUCUAAGUGGUCUAGCUAACAUACAAAUCAGUAAAGUAACAAAUGGUCAACCAAUACCAGAAAAUGGAAUUAAUUUAAAAGGAACUAGUGUAACAUUAACGAAAGUGAGAACGGAACCUAGUAUGGAAGACGUACAAAGUGCAAAAACAGCAGUUCGAGAGGCAAUAAACGCCACGAUAGCAGCAUCGUCUACUGGGAAGAGUAAGAAAAAGAAAAAACGCGGAGCCGGCACAAGACAAUAUGGCGAUGACUGGAACCUCGUUGAGAGCGUAUUCACGCCUAAAGAUAUAGACCUCGAGGACGGGGAGAUGGACGAUGCGGAGCGCGAAUUAGAGGCAUUCAAGAGGUUUUGUCUGCAGUCGGUACCGCCGCCACGCAAGGAAAAGGUCAAUCUCAACAUCAAGGACAUCGUGCUAAAGAAGAAGUCAUCCUCAUCAUCGUCAUCUUCAGCAGCUGCUGCUGUGAUUGCCGCGAAUUGAUUUUUCUUUUGACUAACAUUAGACGCUCCCUACCAUUACUAUUACCAUCACCACUAUUAUUAUCACUACUGCUGCUACUAUAUUCGCGCAAGCGCGUAUAUGUGUAUUGGCUUGACGCAGAAUUAAUAGAAUUAAUAAUUUCUAAAUACGAGCACAUGUUGAUCAAAAAAUUAUUUCUUUACGAAAAAAUCAAUCUAUUUAUCAUAGAUCAGACAAUAAUAUAUUAUACUGUAUUGUCAAAUUGUCUGGUGAUUAUUUUAUGCGAAAGCGUACCACUUCCAACAUCAUUCUCCUUUGAUGUUCACAUUACUCCGUAGGCAAAUCCGUAGCACGCAAGGUUAAUUCUAGCUUGCAGACCGCACUGCGUGCGCAUAAUAUGCGCGCGCAACACUAUUCUAGAGUUGAUUUUGAAAUUGUGAUUUUUAUCAUGAAGAAUAUUGCAAAAUAGAUAUGUAGUCUGCGUGCAUUUUAAUUAUGCACGAGUUAGAAAAAAAUGUGCUCUUUCGUUAUGCAUAUGAAUUUAAUCAUUAAGAGAAUUCUGCUACUUUUGCAUCGAGCCAAUUACUGACCGAAUAUGUAUUGUAAUACUGCCACGGCCGAUACGCGUAAACACACGACCGACCGAAAACGCUCGUCGAUUUUUCGGAUCUCGGCGACGGAGUUGCGCCUAAUUGUUAUGAACGAUCAUCAAAAAUGAUGAAAAAAUGCAAUGGGAUAAAUAAUAUAAAUGUACAAGAGCAGCCACCGCAGUACGAUACUGACGAUGUUGUAAAAGAGGAGUAAUAAUAUUGUCGUCGUGUCGUCGUCGUGUCGGCACCUAGUCGACUUCAUAUUUUUAAUAUAUUAAUAGAGCGUGUUAUGUUCGUGAUUUUUCUCUUCGAUACAAGGAAGAGAUAAACAGCGAAAAAUUGAUACUAUUAGAUAAAAUGUACGCGAAAGAGAUGAGUGAUGCGUGGCAUUUUCCUCGAGACACAGCGAGAGCCGUAGAUAUAAUAUGUUAUAUAAAUAUAAAAUGUAUGUAUGUAUAUGUAUAUCUAUAAAUAUAGUAGGAACGAAUUUUCCCGUCGAGGUCGAUAUUGUGGAAAUAUCUGCCCUCGACCGUAAUUGCGAAAACGAUCAUGGUGGCACUGACAUAUAGUGUCUGGACGCGAUACCUGCCCGAAUCAUGGUUCGAUUAAUAAAAUCGUUCUCGCCAUACGAGCAAAGAAGGAUCGAUAACGAUGCGAAAUAUUUUUCGUCGUAAUACCGACGAUCGCAUCGCGUCGCCACGAUCGUGAUCGCCGGCUUAGAAGCACACUUCUCGAUCGAUUAUCUUACUAAGACACGACACCACAGUACACAUGGAGACAUCUUUUUUCUUCAUUUUUUCUUUUUUUUUUUCUUUUUUUUUUUCAAUAAAAGCAGAUAUGCAUUUUUACCAAAGAUCUUGCGUUUGUAUCUUCUUCCUUAUUAUGGAUUUAUUUCCUGUGGUGCAAUUUGACGAUGAUACAUGUUUUUCGCACUUUGUAGUAAAAGUCGUAUUUUUGUAUGGACUUUAAGAUAAUCUCACUAGCGAUAGGUGAGUUAAAAGAAUUUUAAUAAAAAUCGAAGAUAUCAGGUUGAAAAAUUGAAAAAUGGUUUAUUAGAUAAUUUGUUAUAUUGCAUACUGUGUAGAAAAUUGGUUUCAAUAUAUUUUCAGAAACGGCA